AUGUCUUGGCAGACUUACGUCGACGACCAUCUCAUGUGCGAUGUGGGCGAGGGCCACGCCCUCACCGCCGCAGCAAUCCUCGGCCACGACGGUAGCGUCUGGGCCCAGAGCGAGUCCUUCCCCCAGGUAUCGCGUUUUCUUCUCUUCCCCCCAUCUCGGUUGCUGACCUGAGGCUCUUUGGACGCGGUUGUUGGCGGCUGGGAAGAUUCGUGAUGGACGGAAGGGGGGGGGCAUGAUCAGUGCGGUUCACCUCCCGCGGAAUUGUUCUUCGUUGCGCUUCCUGUGAUGUUACCGAGCCGGAACGUGAUCGAUCAAUUGGAUCUGGGAAUUUAUGUCGAUUUCUGCUUGAUUUGGUUGCCAUCGGGAUAUAAUUGUUAGCUCUGUCUCGACCGAAUGAUCCGUCUUCCUUCCUCACUGCAUCGCUCUACAUAGCAGUUUAAUUCCUUGUCCUUGUCCUCUUUUACAUUCUUCCUCGCCGUAUUGCUCCAUUUGCUGUCUAGGACGCGUCUUUCGCUACCCGUUCUUUUCUUUAAGCUCAUGUUUUGAUUUUUGGGGUGUUCUUGUUUCCUUUAAAUGCAUUACGUGCGUAUCUGGACUUUUCUGUGUCCAGACUCAGAAAUCCCUGAAUGUUAUGAUGCGGUGUAUGCUAGCUUCCUCUAAUUUGAGGAUCCACUAGGAUUCCUCAAUUUUAUCAUUGGAUGUAAUAAAUAGGGUUUUAGUUAUGAUGUACGUGCUUAUUGUUGGUAUUUUUGUUCUUCUGUUCAUGAGUACAUAUUUACUCUGCAUGUGCGUUUCAGGUAUUUUAAAUAAUCUCAUGUUAUGGGUAAGUUCACAAUAGUUUUGAGUUGCGUUGGAUGCACGGACUUCUAGAUCUUCAUGAUUAAAGAACUACACUACAAAUAGCGGUUGUAAAUGGAACGGACCUUUUCUUUUGAUCAACAUAUUUACCAGGAUGAGUGAUUAGCUUGCUGUUCUAAGUUAUCUUUCUGUCCAUUUAGGGGAAUAGAAUUCGUGUGCUUCUUUGCUUGCACACUCUAAUCAUGCUAUGCUACAUAAAUAUUAUGCGCCUUGGUUUCUUAGACUUUUUCUCCUUUCGGAACGGUAAAGUGCUCUAGGAAUUAGCAAUGAUGUUCUUUGUUAUUUUCUCUCGCCCUUUAAUUUUCUUUGCAUUUCCUUUUGUUUGCCAACCUUUUUUUUUGUUGCAUAAAGCCGUUAAUUACCUAGAUCUUCUGCACGUUCAUUCACAUACACUAACUGCCUCGUGUUAGUAGUUUCCAGUAUCAUCUAGUUCUACUAAAGAUAUUAUUUUCUUUCUCUCACCUAUGCAGCUUAAACCUGAGGAAAUCUCGGGUAUCAUAGCCGAUUUUGAUGAACCAGGCCACCUUGCUCCUACUGGCUUAUUUCUCGGAGGGAUUAAAUAUAUGGUGAUUCAAGGAGAGCCCGGUGCAGUGAUUCGUGGAAAGAAGGUGAUUUUACUCAUCUCUCGACUAUUUAAUCCGUAGUUCUUUCCCCCUCUGCACAAAACUCCCUGAAAUGGUUCAUGAGAAAAAGGAAACCUGGAGCUUCCAGACCACGAUAGAUUCAUACUGAUUUAUUUGAUAGAUGAUAAUGUACAUUAUUUUCUGCCCUUUAUGUUUGUUAUCUUCGUUGGGCUAUCAUUAUGUUACUUAAAAUGGAAAGUGGUACCAUUUUCCCCAGCAUUUGAGGUAGAAUCCACCAUUAAAAUCAACACUUUAGUGUAAUCACUUUGUUUUUCUGACCAUGUCAUUAAUUUCUCUUUUAUGCCCUGCCUACCCUCAGUACGUAAAUGGGAGCUGUUCUAAAGUUUGACCUAGGAUUUCUAAAGUUGACAUGAAUUCCCCGGCCUAUCAGUAAUGUUGGAGUUGACCCUUAAUGUUUGUUAUCUUCCUUGACCUAUCAUUAUCUUACUUAGAAUGGAAAGUGGCACUAUUUUCCCCAGCAUUUGAGGUAGAACCCACCAUUAAAAUCAAUAAUUUAGUGUGAUCAAUUUGUCUUUUUGACCAUAUCAUUAAUUUCUCUGUGAUGCCCUGCAUACCCUCAGUACGUAAAUGGGAGCUGUUCUAAAGUUUAACCUAGAAUUUCUAAAGUUGACAUGGGUCCCCCCGGUUUCCACAGGAUUCGUACCACUUGCCCUGAUUUAUUCCACAGAGCAAGUUGGCCCCAUUUCACAUCAGUAAUCUCUAGUGAGAUUUUCACCGAUUCUGAGAUAUUUUUUGACCAUCUCCUUUGUGAAAUCUACGAUCCCCGUGGAGCCGUCGCGCUGACCUGUUAUGUUCCCAUUUUGGGUAAUUUUUUGUUGACCACAGUUUCACUCUCGCCUCUACUUUCCAGGGUUCCGGCGGGGUCACCAUCAAGAAGACUGGGAUGGCUCUGGUAUUUGGUAUCUACGACGAGCCUGUGACUGCUGGCCAGUGCAACAUGGUCGUCGAGAGGCUGGGGGAUUACCUCGUUGACCAGGGGAUGUAG